GGAGACUGGCUUGCAGGUUCGAACCGUUCGAGUUGCCUCAACUUGCGAGGAGCAUGCGAACCGCUGGGUAUCUAGCGGUCGCCGCAGUGGUGAGUGCAAGUGUGUCCUUCGCACCGCACCAGGUGCUGGCCGUGUGCUCCAGCUGGUCUUCUCUGUACCAGGGCCAUCUGGACGGUGUUUGUGUCUGCAAUGAAACUCAGUGCGACUCGGUUUCAAACGAGUAUCUGCGUCUUAGAGAAGGUCAGGUGGGUGUGUUCACUACGUCUCAAUCCGGAGCACGACUCGAGUACGAGGAGAAGAAGCUGCAUGCGAGACCGGUGAGCAGCCCCACGUUUUCUAUCGAUGUUUCGACGCAGUAUCAGACGAUCAUCGGCUUUGGCGCUGCGUUCACCGACUCAGCAGCUAUCAACGUUUACAAGCUGUCAAAGAAGCUCCAGCAAAUACUUCUGGACCAGUAUUUCUCGGGAAAAGGGCUCCAGUACAACCUCGGACGUGUAUCGAUCGGAUCAAAUGAUUUCUCCACGAACAUAUACUCGUACAAUGAUGUGGAAGGCGAUCUCGAAAUGGAAAACUUCUCUAUCGACGUGGAUAGAGCUCCGAACUCCUAUAAAAUUGAACUAAUUCAACGGGUGCUGAGUAUGACGUCGCGUGACAUUAAGCUUUUUGCUUCUUCGUGGGCACCUCCUGCGUGGAUGACGAAAGAGAAAUCAACUAUCAAUUGCCAUCUCAAGGGAAAGCCAGGUGAUGAAAACUGGAAAGCACUGGCAUUAUACUACUCUAAAUUCUUCUCAGCUUAUAAGGAAGAAGGCAUCAACUUCUGGGCGAUGACUGUACAAAAUGAACCUGAGAAACCCCUUCUCGCAUUUGCUAAGUGGCAGACAUUGCGAAUCACUCCUGAGGAAGAGAGAGAUUUCAUUAAAUUUGACCUUGGGCCGAGGAUGAAGAAAGACCACCCUCACUUGAAGAUCAUAGCGAAUGAUGAUCAAAAGCCAAGCAUUCUGACUCGUUUGGAGCCACUGGAGGAUCCUGAUUCGCUUCAGUAUAUUAGUGGCGUCGCUGUUCACUGGUAUCGAAACGUGGACUUCGUGCUUGGAAUGGGUGGACACUUUGGCAAACUCCAGGAGUUCCACGAUGCUUAUCCAGACCUUUUCAUCCUUCCGUCUGAAGCAUGCGAAGGAUAUAUGCCAAACCCCUUAGGAACGGGUAAAGGACCUUCUCUCACAGACCCAGACAAAAGCUGGACUCGCGGUGAGAACUAUGGUCGUGACAUCAUUGGGGACUUGAAUGGCUAUGCAGGCGGUUGGACUGAUUGGAAUAUGGUGCUGGACACGAAAGGAGGACCAAACUGGGCGAAGAACAUGGUAGACGCGCCGAUUCUCGUGGAUGCUAAGAACGGUGCCGAAUUCUACAAGCAGCCAAUGUUCUAUUUCAUGGGGCAUUUCGCCAAAUUCGUGCCGGCAGGUUCGAGCCGCAUUAAAAUAUCAUUAGCUGAAGACUCGGAGACUGAGCUGCAGACUAGCGCGUUCGUCACCCCAGAGAACCAAAUCGUUAUCCAAUUUUUGAACCUUGAAGGCUCUGACGAGGUGGUGAAUGUACAGACGUCCGACUCCAGCACUUUCACAGUCCAAGUGCCAUCGCACUCCAUCGUAACAGCAAUUUUGCCACCUUCAAAAGACACCACCAUUCUCAAGUCAAGUGCAAAGUAA